UCUUCGCCACACAGUUUGACUCGGCUGCUGUGCUGCUGACCGGCUGGAGAAUUUUACUCAAACUUUUCAUGUUUUUAAUUCUUCCAGCAGACAGAAAACCCUAGUUUGAAUGUUUUGGUGAUGUAUUAUCGUCUGUUUCUGCUCACCGCUCUGCUGCCAAGUUUUUCCGGAGAAUCCUCAGUGGAUGAUCCAGCGAAGAUGGUCCUGGCCUUUGCUGGCGCUGCAGUCCUUCUGCCGUGCAACUUCAGCCUCCCCGCUAGCGCCGACGUCCCAACAGUGGAGUGGUCCAAGCAAGGCCUGCAUCCCGAUGUCGUCUUCUUGUACCGGUAUGGCUACGAAACUCCUGAGGAUAAGAAUCCGGACUUCUGGUACAGGACGAGCCUCAUCGCAAAAGAGCUGAAGAAUGGAAACUUCUCCUUAAGGAUCUCCAACGUGCGGCUGUCCGAUGCAGGGACGUACCGAUGCAAGAGGCUGAGGGGCGAUGCCCCCCACGACGUGACAUCAGUGGAGCUUGUUGUGGUUGCCGUUUCUGAGCCAAAAGUCUCGGUGACAUCAGCUGAGGGUGGAGGGGUGACCCUGCAGUGCGAGGCCAACUGCUGGCUGCCGGAGCCGCAGAUCAACUUUCUGGAUGAACGGGGAAAAUACAUCCGUGCCGAAGAACCCAAAAGAGAUGAAGAUGCCAACGAAUGUUUCACUGUGACACGAAGAGUGACUUUCCAGGAUGCUGCUGCCAUCAGGGUCACCUGCAGAGUUCACCAGCCGGAGACCAACCAGACCAGGGAAACAGAGAUUAUCAUUCCAGUUGGUGUAGGGCGGUCCUGCUUUCUGCCGGCUGCCAUCGCUGUCGGAGUGACCAUUUUACUUCUGUCGGCUCCAUUAUGUGGGUUAGCUGUCUGUCUGUGGAAGAGAUGUGGCAAAUCUGCGGAGGGACAAAAAUUUCCAGUGACCAGACCAGACCAAAGCACGGUAAGUGGCAGCUCUGAGAAUCAGUUGCUGCUGCACGGCGUCAUGGUAGAGAAGGCCGACUGCGUCAGUGAGAAGCAGACGAUAGAGGACCUCAAGACGAAGCUUCGUGAGAAAGAAGAAACAAUCCGCCAGCUACAGAGCGAAAACAAAUCUCAUCUCAGUCCGGAUGUUUGCCAGCACGACCAGCCGAUGCUCCUCCACAAUCCCGCAGAUUUCGCCGACAGCAGCCCUCAGGAAUCUGUCCAUGUACCGCAGAAAAAGACACCAAAGCCUGGCAAUAUGCGGCGGAGCAGUGAUCCAUUGCCCGACCCCCCGGUCUACAGGUUCCGUCGGAGGAACAGCAGCCCGGCUCUUGUGAACUUCUUGACCAGUUCUUCUGCAGUCAGCGCUUCGAAGAUGAAGCUCUCCAGCAUCGGCCGAACGAAGAGUGAAACUCGUGAAAAGCCUCUUCCAUUCGCCAAGCCUCAGCGCCGACAUUCCUUGGUUCUUCCACCGUCUAAUAACCGCUUCACACUCCUGGCAGAUUUAACAGAAGAGCCAUAAUAAUGCUGUCCUUGCACCAAACAACUUUUCAAGCGAUUCCAGUGUCGGCAGAACGGAUAUUUGUUAACUUUCCAGCUAAUGCUAGCGGUAGCUAGCUAGCUUGGUUUCAUUUUUCAAAAUGAGUAUAGUUGUAGUCUUUCAAUCUGUGACCCUGCAACAUCCCCAGUCUUUACAUAUUGUGACGGUCUUCAACGUCAGAUGUGAGGUGGUGUCAGACUUUAGUCUUUUCAAAGAAUUCUAGUGUAUGGUAGGUAUUAAAGCCCUGACACACAAACCCGAUAGCCGACCGUCAGCAGAAAAGGCUGUCGGACUGAUCAUUCGCCUCCCGUCGGUCCAAAAAGUGUCUCGGAACGCACCGAAGCUACACCGACUUGAGCGUACGUUCUGCACGUGCGUGAGACGUAAUAGGUCUCCAUAACAGCAGGCGGCACUAAUCUGUAUUGUCGCCCAAAAAAUUAAAACCAGAAAUGACGAAUGCGUCACGUGGGUCUGGCUUCUCCCAAAUUUCAAAGCCGAACAUAAUGGCAGCUUGUUCGGAAUACAAUCUCGUAUUUUACGAAAAUUGUUCAUUGAAAAAAUUUCUGAAAACCUUUUUAAGUGAGAAAUAGGCCAUACAGUUUGCUGAAUCUGUCUGUAACUGGUUUUACAACAACUGUUAAUACUAAGAACAAUUCAGAAACUAGUUAACGUGAAAGACCCAAAUGCAGACACAUAAAGCAUGUUUACUUUUUACUAGUCUUGCAUUGCCAGCUCUAUCUCCACAGCGCUAUGGAGUAAGGUCUGGCUACACCACAGAUGCAUUCUGGGAUACGAGGAAAACAAAUGCUCUGGGUUGUUUGGAUUUCUUUAAGCCAAUCACAAUCGUCUUGGACGGCACUGAGCUCCAAAGGGAGGGUUGUCUCAGGCACAGUGAGUUAAGGAAACGGGUGUUCAUUUCCCGGAAGAAGUUUAGGAGAAAACACAAGACUUUCACCCAUGAAACAGGUGUUCAUGUCCUGGAAGAAGUUUGGGAGAAAACAUACCAAUACCAAUUUUAUGAAA